AUGGCUGUCACACCCUUGACAGAUGGCUCGGAUCGUUCGAUAGAUGCUAGAUCCAUAGUCACUCUGAUCAUUUUCUUCGUUGUUAACGCUUUGGUGAUCUGGCCCUUCAGUAUACCAUUACCAUUGAUCCUCUCAAGGUCUUUCGAUAAUCUUCUCAAGAGAACAUCAAGUGAACUGCCUUCCAAGAGAGAAGGGGUGAUUUCGUCAGACUCGUCAUCACCCGCACCGACACCCUCGCCCCUAGCGAGAAAUUCAGAAAAUGACACGAGAAUACCUGAAGACAAUAUCUGUCCCGCUCCAGUAACAAAUACAGGUGAAAAUGAUACUUUCUCAUUACGUUCCAAAUAUCGAUUCAAAAGAUUAUAUUUCCCAGUCGAUCUCAGAACAGCACCUGUCAUUGGAGUUUUGAUAUUACUAGCAUCAACUUGUAUACCUGGACCAGUCGUCAAAAGGGGUAUAAUAGGUAGUGGAGGUGUAAAACCUUAUGAUGUUUUGACUUUGUUCAUUUGUUUUGCAUACAUCUCCAUAUCACUCGACACGACUGGACUUUUACGUUACCUUGCUUUUCUAGUAGCGUCCAAAUCGACUUCACAUGGAGGUGGAAUAACACUCUACAAUUCAUUCUAUUUGUUGUUCGCUUUGAUCGGAUUAUUUUUCGGUAACGAUCCGUUAAUAUUAUCUGGAACACCUUUCCUAGCGUAUUUCACAGAUCACGCAUCAAUCAACCCAUCAACAUCAUUUAUUUUCACUCAUUUCCAAGUUGCCAAUCUCGUUUCGGCUUUACUGGUCUCAUCAAACAUAACCAACUUGGUCUUAACCUCUGCUUUUGGAAUUAGUUUCUUGAGUUAUUCGGCUUGGUUAGCAUUACCAACCAUAGCCAGUGUGAUCGUCUUAUACCCGAUCUUAAGAUGGGUUGUUUUCAGGCAAAAAGGUUUAAUACCAAAAACGAUACAUCCACCAACCAUCAAUCCGAAAGACGCCUUAUUAGAUCCUUCAGGAGCGAUAAUAGGUGCAACGAUAUUCAUCAUAACGGUAAUUGCAUUAGUGGCCCUCAGCGCAGUGAAAUUACUGGAAGGUACAGAAGGAGUUUGGACGGUCACUCUUCCUGCGGCUAUAAUAGUGUUGAUUAGAGAUAUCAUUCGAGAUUGGGUGAACCAUAAGGAUUCGGUAUCAUUGCAAAUAAAAGAGAAUAAGAAGCACGACGAGAAAUUUCCUGAAAGACGGUCAUUCAUUGGCCACUCUCAGCUUGCUAUACCUGCUAGACCCGAAUCUGAUGAGCAUCCUCCUACCAGCUUCCAACAAACCACGCUUGCUCCCGGAAAGAGAAAUCACGUCAAACCUGUUGGACCGCUAUUUUCUCUCACUUCCCGUUUCCCAACUGUUUGGUCUAUCAUCUGUCGAUUACCUAUCGCGUUACUACCAUUCUCAUUCUCAUUUUUCAUACUGGUAGAAGGUCUUCAACAUACCGGAUGGAUAAGAGUAUUUGGAAAUUGGUGGGGCGCAUGGGAAGAAGUCGCAGGUGUUGCUGGGAGCGUUUGGUUAAUGGGUGUAUUAAGUGUCAUAGGAUGUAAUAUUUUCGGCACGAAUAUAGGAGCUACAAUUCUGCUUGCCAGAGUAUUACAAUAUUGGGCUACUACUAGAACAGUGUCUGACAGAUCGUUAUAUGGCGCGGUCUUCACCUUGGCCGUAGGAAGUAACUUCGGCGCAUACUCGUUUGUAUUUUCCGCUUCAUUGGCUGGAUUAUUAUGGCGUUCCAUCUUAUCUCAAAAAGGCAUUGUAAUCACUUUAAGAGAAUUCAUGAAAUGGAACUUGUUACCUAUGAUGAUAACGAUGUUAGUGGGUUGUUUGAUCGUAGCAGGAGAAGUGUGCGUGAUAUACAAGAGUUAG